GAAGUCAAACAAACGAGCUGCUUUACUUUGACGACAGUUACCAAAGACGUCACCAGCUGACCUCCAUUUGCGUAACUAUCGUUUCGAACUAUAAAGUUUCACUAGGACGAUCAGUUUGUUGCAUUUUCGAGGAUAAAAAAGUUGGGAGGGGGAGCGAAAAGGAGUCGCGAGCGGCAAAAACGAACGUGUCCGAUUACUUCCGGGAUUGCUCCGGUUUGGAGAUCUUUGAAUCACGACACAGUUCCUGGCAAAGCCGCGUAAAUGGCGACAGCUUACAGAAAAACAGCCCCGUCCACGAGCCACAAGAAGAAAGCCAGUUCGAAAAUCGAGCUGAGCGAGGAGCAGAAGCAGGAAAUCAAGGAGGCAUUCGACCUAUUUGAUUCAGAUGGCACUGGCAAAAUUGAUGUCAAAGAGCUCAAGGUCGCCAUGAGAGCACUCGGCUUCGAACCCAAGAAGGAAGAAAUCAAGAAGAUGAUUGCCGACAUCGACAAAGAGGGUUCCGGAACCAUCGACUACAGUGACUUUCUCAGCAUGAUGACGCUGAAAAUGGGUGAGAAGGACUCCAGAGAGGAGAUCAUGAAGGCGUUCAGAUUAUUCGAUGAUGACUGCACGGGCAAAAUCUCCUUCAAGAAUCUGAAGAGAGUGGCCAAGGAGCUGGGAGAGAAUCUCACCGAUGAGGAACUGCAGGAGAUGAUCGAUGAGGCCGAUCGAGACGGCGACGGUGAAGUCAACGAGCAGGAGUUCUUGCGGAUAAUGAAGAAAACUAACCUUUACUGAGGAAAUCCUAACUUUUUUUUUUUUUUUUUUAAUAGACUGAGACUCUUACUACUUUUUUCAAUUGGUGUGUAAAUAAAGACUUCUAAAGUGUU